AUGCGUCUGCUACUGUUGUUCGUUGCCGCUCUCCCGCUCGCAGUCAUUGUUGAGAAGCAGCUGCAGCUGAGAGCAAACCGCGACAUGGUGCAGUACUGGCAGGCAAUCAGAGCGGCACCAACCUCCGCCCUUCUUGCGACAAUGGCGACGAACACCACAACUGGCUUCACCAGUAUGCAGGAGCACAGCGGACCAGACGAGAGCGAUCAGACAGCGCAGUUGGAAGCAGCAGCAAGCGAGACUGCGCCUGAACGGACAGCAGCAGUCACCACCACGAUCACGACCAUCUCCUCCGCGCCGUCGCCUCCGCCUGUGCCAGGCCAACGACCAUCAGUACCACGCCGAGCGCCAGCAACGUUGCCCUCUCAGAGCGAGCAACGCCGGUCCCGGGCUUAG